UCGAGGUGCCAUAUAUUUUCAAUGUAUAGGUUGAAAUGUUCGCUUUAGUGUAGCCACUUGUUCCUCGUCGUUUCUCCGGUCACCACACCAAUCAAUCAAUUAGCAGCAACUAUGGAGAACCAGCCUGCGCCUCGUCCAUGGUUCCGCUUGGCUUCACAAAUCAGGAGGGACCCACAACCACCACCCCCACCCCCACCUCCUCAACCACAACCUCCCGCCGUUCCCCAGCCAAGAACUCCUCUUGUCCUCGCACCUACAACUUCAAUCAGGCCCCCGCCACUGCCAACUCCCCCCCCUCCUCCUCAGUCCCAGCCUCAACCACCUCAGCCACGCUCACUUGCUCCACCACCUACAGAAGUCCCUCCCCCUCCUUCACCUAAGCCCCAAACUAUGGCCCCAUCACCACCACCCUCGCCAUCUCCCCAAAAGGUUACAGGACCUUCUUCUUCGCUACCAGGAUCUCCAGUGGCACUCCAGCCGUCCUAUUCUGUGUUACCUCCUCCUCAACCACGCUCACCUGCUCCACCACCUACACAAGUCCCUCCCCCUCCUUCACCGAAAACCCAAACAUCGCCCCCACCUCGCGCAACUACUUUGCCACAAGCACCACCGCCACCACCACCCCCAUUUCCCCCAAACGUUCCCGCACCUUAUUCUCUUUCUUCACCGCUACCACCAUCUCCAGUGGUACCCAGACCGUCCUAUUCUUUGUUACCACUUUCUCCAACACAUGCAAAAGCGGUAGCAUCUCUUCCUGCAGCCAAAGCUUCUUCACUCCUAUCUUCUCCUCACGCAACCAAAUCACCUCCAUCUCACGAGGCGAUCACAAACAUUAGUCCACCGCGGCAAUCUCCCAAGAUCGUCAAACCUUCUUCACAGACCCCACCACUCCCACAGUCUCCCAAGACCAAACUCUCCGCACCUCCUCCAUCUCCUUUGUCACUGCCGCCAUCCCGACUAGAGCCAGAUACCGAACCGCCGGUGGUGGCUGAGAAAAAGAGUGUAGUCGUCCAAGAGGAAAAGGAGAAGCCUAAGAUGCCUGCUGCUACCAAAACCAGUGAUGGCGGCUUGAAGAAUGGGAAGUUUGGAGGAGGAAGCAGAGACUUGCCCAUCAAGGACAAGGACAAGGAGAAAGUAGGGAUGACGGUGAUCACCUUAGCUGGUGAGAACAAGGGCGCCUACAUGGAAAUCGUCAGCUCCAACAAGAAGAAACCUGAUGACAUAGCGGAGAGAACUGCUGGAAUCCAUGGCAAAAAAUUGGGUGGUAAAAGUAACAGUAGCAGCAGCAACAGCAGCAGCGAUGAGGACCGCAAAUCCGUCAUGGCGGAGGAAAAGAAAGUAACAGCGACCCCAUCGCGUGCUUUUGUUAACAGUAACGUACAGGGCGUUAACAACUCCAUUCUAUUCAACACUUCCUUCACUCACCAUGAUCCUGGGGUUCACCUCGUUCUCCCAGAAAAGCCGAAGCACCUACCCGGUCGUCUCAUCCACUCCAAAGACAACAUCAAUGGCGACCACACUACUUGAUAAAUAGAGUUUCAGAGCAAGAACAAAGCGUGAUACCAUGAUGCAUGCCCAAGUCUGCCCUCCAUUAAGACCUUUUCAUGAAAAAUUCACACUUGGUCACUAAACCUGCCUAGAAUGAAUACGAAAAAAACAAAAAGCAAAAAAACGACAAUAUCAGUAUCUACAAGGGAACCAUGCAUACCCCUUGAAAAA